AGAGUCUAUGUAUCAUAACUGGGGAGGGGGGUCGUGAAUUCGCAACCCGUAAUGGGAUGGGAAUCCACGCCUGCCGUUCAUCUUCCAUGCUGUAAAGGGAAGGGUCAACCGAACAUUAGCCGUGUCCUUUUCAUGAAGACAUCAACAACCAUCCGCGUUUGUUCCACAACAUCGCACUGCCUUCUUUAUCAGUCUUUCCUUUCACACGAUAGCUACCGAUCCAAGACCAUCUCAGUUCGCUACGAGCUUGUCUUCACUCUGACACCAUGGACUCCAUUUUGUACCAGAAUGCCGAGCGCACGGUGACGGUCAUAGACAUCCCUACCUCGAUCGCAGAGGCGCAAGGCACCAAGGAUCAUCCGCACCGUGCUGAACUACUUUCGCUACCGCCGCCAAAGGUUCCGUACAGAGGUCCGGGAGCCAAGUCAGAGAAAGCAAAACGGAGAGUUGCCAAUCUUUUUGACGAGAAAAUCGACGCUGCAUACCGUGCCCUUGUCACCGAGGCCUUGGAGGAUAUUAACAGCAAGCACACGGGAAACUGGUUCUUACCACGUAAAGAACUGCCGCCGGUUGAACCGCUGCAGAAAUCCAAAAAGAGGAAGGCGUGGCAGCUGUAUCUGCCAGAGAGCAGCACUGAGGUGGGCGAAACAAACGAAACUGUUUCCAUACCUGGUACUACUGAUGUUGCUCUUGUCCCGAAGCUUCCACAGGAUUUCUUUCCGUCUCUGCUAAAAAACGCUGGCAAAUUCGUACAGCGGGAGAAGCGCAUCGUGAGCGAUGAAGAUUUAGAAGAACCGGAGUGUCCGUUCGACACGUUGUACCACAACCCAGACGAUCGCCUUGUUACGUUGUCCAUCACGCAUCAGCGCAACAGCCUACAGAAGACCUACAGCUUUAAUAUUCCUCCAGGCUCAACCUUCCUUUUGUCUGACUGUAAACAUACCACCGACUUUCGCAACUCAAUCCGUUGCAUGUCCCAGGAACAUGAUACUCCGAAGCGUUUCGAUUUCAUCCUCUUGGAUCCGCCUUGGCCCAACUCGUCUGCCAAGAACAAGAACACGUACAACACCACGAGGGACCUCUCCGAGAUGUCGCGCUUGCUAUUGAAGAUGGAAUUAGAUGCAUACAUCAAUCCCAACGGCAUCAUUGGCGUAUGGAUCACGAACAGGCCGUCCGUCCGCGACCUUGUGCUCGAUCCGGAGAACGGCUUGUUUGCUAGUUGGAACAUUACGCUUUGUGAGGAAUGGGUAUGGCUCAAGACCCUCCACAACGGCGAACCUGUCCUGUCACUGGAUCACAACCUGCGCAAACCCUACGAAGUGCUGUUGCUUGGACGCAGACCGGAAAACCAGUACGAGUGGGCAACACCAUUGAACCACGUGAAGAGGAGGGUGAUCGCAGCUGUGCCAGACUUGCAUUCACGCAAGCCUUGCGUAAAACGCUUGGUUGGGGAUCUUCUGGAGGAGGGGUACUCGGCCAUGGAGAUCUUUGGAAGAUACUGUGUGGCUGGCUGGUGGACCUGGGGCAAUGAGGCCAUCAAGUACAACUGGGAGGAGUUUUGGGUGGGGCAGGAAGCGGAGAAGCAGGCUGGCAGCUGCAGAGAGGCUGAGCGCAAUGGUGGGGAAGCAGGUGUCGACGAACGAGCCACGAUCGACGAGGAGCCUGUGGCUCGUGCUUGUGAUGAAGCAUGAACUUCAAGCUGGAAACGAGCGCAGCAUUUCAAAUUGUAGUAGGAAAACUUGUAUUCUAGCGCCAGGCUAGCUGACGUGUGUGAAGACGAACACCGAAGCUAGGCAUGA